CGAUAGUUAUGUCAGUCUAAUAUUAUAGGACGCCACAUAGAAGCCUACUUGAUAGACACAUUUGAAGGGAAAUUGAUCGUUGCUAUGGAAUGUAUGCCGAGACUUUUAAAUCGCUAUAUUGUUGUUAGCUCCACAAGACAGAACUAAAAAUACCCAAAUAGUAGACAGACUCAUCUCUUUUGACAUACAGGAGCAGAGGAAUAAAGGGAAUAAAUUAGAAGACAAAAAUCGGUUCUUUGUGGGGCUUUUUCUGAGAAUAAAGGAAAUAGUGUCGAAGAUAAAUAUCGGUUCUUUGUGGAGUUGGGCUAUUUGCUGUGUUGUUGAACUGCAUUAUUUGGUGUAAAGAAUAAAAGAAGCAUGUGUGUGUGUGUGUGUGUGUGUGUGUGUGUGUGCCGAGCUCUCCCAAGGGCCGAGAUGGAUGUAAACAGACACCCACAGCAACAAGAAGACGAAAGCCCUCUCUCCUGGACAGCCUAUCAUUAUUAUCCGUCAUAGUGCACAUGAAGUUAAUCAGGUCGAAAACUAUCUCAAAUCUUCCGGGUGAAACAUGUCUGGAGAGAUCAACGUGAAGCUGGAAGGCAUUGAGAGAGACAAUGAGACUGGUCUGCAAGCUGAAGUGCUGUCCUGUGGUGGAGCGCUGAACCUGUCAGGGCUUCCUGUUCUGGAGGUGACCAUCAGCCACUUGGGGGGCAGCCAUACCACCGAUACAGGCAAGAAAUUAGUGGUGUACAAAGCUCCAGAUUCCCAAGAGGACAUUGUGCUACAGUUUGAAGAAAACUCAAAAGUGCCUCAAAAGGAAGAUGAAACUAUUCUGAUUGGCCAUGGAGAGAAUCAGGUGAAAUUGAAGAAGUCUGUUAUUGCAGAGUACCGACAAAAGAGGCAAUACUAUGGCCCCCUAAGGGCUGUGGUGGAACGUGCCACAGUAAAUUGCAAUGGCCAACAACAGGAAAUCCUCAAGACAAAGCUGAUGCAGGUCAAGUUUGUCUCAAAGGAUUCUCUUGGAAAUGACUUGAAAGGUGAUGAUCUGUUGCAGUCCAUGGCCAAGAUUCCAGGACUCAUACCUCCCUGUGAUCCUCCACUUGAUAACGUUGGAAAGAAAAUGAAUGGUAGUAAUGCAGUGGAUAAGAAGGAUCAGGUAUUCAUUACAUUUACUGAUGGAGAUAGCAUCAAUAUAAGUAAAAAGGUUAUUGAUCAAUAUAGGAAACUUUCUGGGACAACAAAGUCUCUUGCAGUUCAAAGGGAGAAGACCUACAGGAAUGACGGGAGUGGCAGGACUCCUGUUACUAUUGUACGUUUAUAUCCUCGUGAUGAUGGUGAUCAAAGACUUGCUAAAAUGGAAGCUACAGAUAAUAGCUCCUCCCUCAAACCACAGAUAGGGAGACCCAGAGCAGUGAGGGGACAAAUUAACAUAAAAACAAAGCUCUUGCAGGAUUGCUCAGAACUGCAACAAAGCAUAACAGCUGAGAUGAAGGAUGAGAUGGUGCUUGUGGAAAUCGAAGAAGACACACAACAAAGCCAGUCUGAAGAUGAAGGGCUGAGCUCUUUUGGCUAUGAGACUGGAAUAAUUGUUCAGACAAGUCCAACAUAUAGUGCUUCUUUUCCAAAUCUCAAAGAGCUAGAGAGCUGUACUGAAGUAAGUAAUGAUGUGAUAGCUUUUCAUCUCCAGUCAGCCUCUGUUGAUGUGAAUGUCAAACUUUCAUCAGAUGAAAUUUGGAAAUAUCUCACUGAAUAUGCAUCUGAAUGUGAGCAAGUUCAAGGCCUCAUAACACAGUUCAACAAUGAAAGCUGGCUGGAAGUGAAGCGAAUGUCUGAUUUCUUUCACGUGGAUGGAGAGGUCAUGACAGACAUCUCAAUUAAAGCUGUGUACAGGAGCAAUCCCAGUCCUGUGACCUUCUACCUGCGAGGCUUUGGGCGCAUGAUACGCUCAGGUGAACUGAACACGCUGAGUGACAUAACUCAUCUUUAUCGCUGUCUGUCAAGCGAUCACAAGCUAUGUCUGGGCCUAAAACCUUCCCCAUAUCAGCCAGACAUAGAAAACAAUGAGCAUGUGAGGCAGUACUUCAAAAGCAAAGGUCACUUUGUAUCCACACCCUUUGAGAGCCUCUUCUCUCGAAAGUGUCGAGGCAUAGUCACCAUCCAGGGCAGUCCGCCUGCUGCAACUUUCACCCGUGGCUCAAGGACAGUGAUGGGGGUGUAUGCACUCUGCACGGCUUGUGGUAUCAUGGGUAAAAAACUCAGCCAGCUCAUCAAAACUUACCCCAGGAACAAGCCCACACUUGAGAGCACCAGUUCCCACGCAAAGGUGUUACAGAGUAAAUACAACCAACACCUGACAAGACAACCACUUGCAUCAGGUGGUUCAUCUUGCAGCAGCAGUCAAGUCAGGCACCUGUUUUCCCAGAAUGUGGCUGAGGUGAUAUCCAGUACUGCCACAUCCAGCCCAGCUGUCUACCCUGAUGAGAGUCAUUCGAGUAGAUUGACCCUACCCAGAAUUAAAAGAAAGGAAGCCCCUAAACAGAUUGCUCAAGACAAAGAAGAGGAUGAGGACUCAAAGCCAAGUGUAGGAGUGACUGAAGAAGAAUUUUUGUCGAUGAUCGAUCUCCGGCAUCCCCAGCCAGGAGUCCAUCCACGAUCCCUUAUCAAGAAGUGCAAUGUGUGUGGUUUCCGGGCUCCUUCAAUGCUUUCCCUGUUUUCCCAUAUGAAGGGACACAUUGGCAACCUUAAAGAGAAGUGUGGAGAGUGCAAAGUACAAUUAUCUAGUAAAGAUGCCCUGGAAACUCAUAAGAAACAAAUGCACACCCAGCGUUCGCCAGUAUGUGCCAUCUGCCAUUUGAGCUUUACAACUAAAGAUCAGCUCUUUGAUCACAUGAACAAACAUCGCAGUCACCUCCCAUUUGAGUGUCCUGUCUGUCAACACAAACUAACAAAUAUGGAUGCAUACAAAAAACAUGUUCGGCUCACACAUAAAAUCAAGUCAGUCAGAGAUCUAAAGUUUGUGUGUAGGACUUGUGGUCUCCAUUUCUACACCUGUGAUCAUCUUCUUCUUCAUCGAGUAAAUCAGAAUCAUGAAGGUGAACCAUUCCUAUGUAAGUCAUGUGGGACCUCAUUCACCACAGCCAAUGAAUUUCGAAGUCAUCUUCUGGAGCACACAGAAGAGGUAAGAGAGGCAGCAAACAUAGCAAUUUGCCAACAAUGCUACAAAGUCUUUUUCUCAUCCUUUAGACUGAAGUUCCAUAUAGAUGCAAAACAUAAUCAGGGCAAGGAACCUGACCCUAUUAAAGUUGAGGAAGGGAAUGAACCUCCAAAGAAAAAGAAAAGUAAGGGUCCAUACUUACGUUACUUGAGAGCUAAUGAAAAGUAUGAAUGUCACAAAUGCAAGAGAAGAUUCAAGACGUGUGACACCCUACAAAACCACAUCAAGUAUUCUCAUGGUGAAAAGAAAGCAGUCAAGACUGAUAACAAGUGUAACAUCUGCGGUCGGAAGUUCAAUGCGCUACGCCGCCUUGCAAACCACAUGAAGAUCCACACCGGCACCCGGCCAGUGUUUCAGUGCGAAGAGUGUGGACAGAUCUAUGGCAAAAAGAUGCAGGUGUUGGAGCACAUACGCACAGACCAUGCUGAACAGGUAAAGCGUCAUCAAGAGCAGCAGCAGCAGCAGGAACUCCUUCAGUCCAGCCAAACUGAUGAGCCAAUGGUGGAGAUAACAGAGCAACCUCAGGGCCCCGUGGUGGAGGGUUCCACUUCAGCUGCCUGGACCCCCAUCAAGAGUCCAUUCAAGGUCCCCACAGUGGAGCAGACUCAGGAGGCCGUGUACAGCUUGCUGCAGCUUACAGAUUUCUGAGUGGUGCAAUAAAAUGUCAGUUUAA